GUAAAGUGGGAAGAGGAGGAGGAGGGGAGGAGGAGAGGGGGGCUGAUCGGGGCGGGCUCAAGCCUUUCUUCAAACUCAAUAUUUUAUACUUUUGAUACACCCUGACGGUGGAAUUCAUUCCUCUUUUCCCGGCCGAUCCCAGAUCUAGGACACCGCUGAGCUAUCAGAGCACAACCAUCUACGGUGUGAUUAAAAAAAAAAAAGUAUCCGGCGGACUGCAAAUAAACCAACAAACAGCGCGCAGGUCAGAUUGAUGUCGGGAGUCCAGUGAGGACGGUGGCGGGGAAGGAGUACAGUGGAUGGUCGGAGAGGAUUUAUAGUACUGACCGGCCGCACAGAGACCCGUGAAAGAAAGUGCUUUUGAUCUAUAACGGGAGCCAAAGCGAUCUGAACCCUUCAAUGGAUCUACCCGACGACGCAGUGGAUCCUUUUUCAUCUUUCCCAACCGGAACCUCUGUUGAGCUACAGGACCCGGCGCUCUGAAACAUGGAUCCCCGCGAGCAUCUCCCACCCAACUCAAUGCAACAUUAUAGUAAAAGUAAACGCCUAGAUUCGUCUAUGUAACAGUAUCCGCCCAUCUUUUCCUUUGGAAAUCACCCGUCCCAGGCAAAAAACUGUGUUCCCCUGGGGGACGUCAGUAUCUGUCAGUAUCUGUCAGGUGACACUCAGUGAAAGCUCCAGAUUCAGUUGUCUCCGUUCACCCAAGGGAUUUCAUUAAAAAGCUACGAGGCAAGUCUUUUUUCUAAAGUCGCAUGGUCAUGAUGCUCACUUUCUCUUUGUGAUCACCGCUCCAUGCGCUUUACCCCUUAUCUGAGCUCUCUGGCCCCCACACCCUGUGUCGGACCCUGUUCCAUACACCCCUCCCCAGACCUGCCAUGCUCCUCCGGGCUACGUUGUUGCUGUUGCUGCUGCUGCAAUGUUUGGCCUCCGCCCUUGGCCAGUACAACAUGUGCAAGUCCCUGGUGAGCACGGACGAAGGCUCGGUGUGGGAGCAUUACGCAUGCCAGCCCAGUCCCGCGUCCAUGAAAGACUACAUGCGCAUCAAGGUGGAUCCGCCCGGAAUCACAUGUGGAAAUCCUCCCGAGAGGUUCUGCACUCUGGAGAACCCAUACUUGUGCAGCGAUGAAUGUGAUGCCUCCAACCCAGACUUGGCCCACCCUCCUCAGCUGAUGCAGGACCGUGAACGCAACGGCCUAAUCACCUAUUGGCAGACAGUAACCUGGGGUCGACACCCUGAGCCUCUGCUAGCCAACAUCACCAUGUCUUGGAACAAGAGUCUGGAGCUCACCGAUGACAUCCAGAUCACGUUUGAAUACGGCCGUCCCACAAUCAUGGUUCUGGAUAAGUCCAUGGACCACGGAAAGUCCUGGCAACCGUACCAGUUCUAUGCUGAUGACUGCCAAGACGCCUUUAACAUGCAGGCCAAACAAGUGCGUGACUUCUCUCCCACAAACCUCACUCGGGUCAUUUGUACUGAGCAGUACUCGCGCUGGGUUGGCUCCAAGAAUGAUAAGAACGUGAAGUUUGAGGUGAGGGACCGCUUUGCUGUGUUUGCUGGCCCUCGGCUGCAGAAUAUGGACAGCCUGUACACCCGCAUGGAAAGUAUGAAGGGACUGAGGGACUUCUUUACCUUCACCAACCUAAGGUUGAGGUUGCUGCGGCCUGCGCUCGGAGGCACCUACGUCCAGAGAGAUAAUCUGCUAAAGUACUUCUACGCAAUCUCCAAUAUUGAGGUUCCUGCAAGGUGUAAGUGUAACCUCCAUGCCUCCCAGUGCCUGCUGAUUGAAGGGAACCUCCAGUGCCAGUGUGAACACAACACCACCGGGCAAGAUUGCCAGCGAUGCAAGAAAGGCUUCAAAGCCAAGUCCUGGAAAGCAGGUUCCUACCUGCCUCCGCCAACUGGAACCCCCAACACCUGUGCAAUUGCUGGUUCGCCCUCCGGUUCUAACAGGAAAGGAGCUGAAGAUGAAGUUGAAGCUGAACCCGGAACUGAUACAAUAAUCAUCUCUGAGGCUGAUGGGUCGCAGGCUGUUGCACAUAAUCCGUUUGGUGCUUCUGUGAAAGACAACUCGGAACUCACCAUCCCUGCUGAUGAACGUGGAAACUCACUUGUCAGUUCUGUUAACUCUCACCAUGUUGAUAUAGGUGAAGACAGCAGAGCUCCGGCAGCAGAAAGCAGAUUUACAGAGAACUCAGUGCCUCAAACGCACCAUGCUUUAUCCACCAGCAUUUCCUCUGAGCCUCCACUGAUACCAGUGGGACAAUCUGACACACUUCCUGUCAGAACAGAGGUUCAUCCUCCUCCCUCGUCCUCUCUGCUGGGGGAACACAGAGUUUCCCCUACACCACGGGAGUUAAUUCAUUCAGAAACAGUCCAUGAACACUCACAUCUGCCUCACCCUGUCCCAGAAGUUUCUUCCCAUCACUCUGUCAAAAAUAUUCAUCAUCACCAUAAAGCCAUAGAAGAGUCCGCUGUCCAAGUUCAGCAUCACUCAAGGUCAACUGAAGCAGGUGCCCACAGGUCUGGGGAACCCCGAGAUGAGACUGGUGGCCACAAACCAAAACCUUCGUCUGGGCAUGAAGAAAGGGGGGAGGAGGAGGGAAAUGCAGUGGCAAAAGACAACCACAGAUCUGAAGAGUACAGACAUGUAACUCAUGGCCACAAAGUGCCUUUUUCUGAGCAUGGAGAGGCAGGGAAGCAAAUAGAAAGUCACAAUGAAAUGACAGACCAUCAUAGAUCUAUAGGACACAUACUCGAGAGUCAUGAACAUAAAACAAAAGUCCCCUCUGGGCACGGCGAGGACAGCAAUGAGACUGAGAGGACAGUUUCCUAUAUGUCAGAAGGGCAUGUAUCUGAGGUUCCCAGGUCACCUGUCUCAUCUGGUCAUGGUGAGGAGCAGCACACAAAGAUAAACGACCACAAGACAGAAAGACUUGGACAUGAGACACAUGGUCACAAAACGACUUUCCCUGAACAUGAAGAGGGGAAAAAAACAAAGACUCAAACAGAGGGUCAUGGACAUGAGACACAUGGUCAGAGAACAGCUUUGCCUGAAAGUGAAGAAGAAAAAAACACAAAGACUCAAACAGAGGGACACGGUCAUGAGACACAUGGGCGUAGAAUAACUUUACCUGAACAUGUGGAGGAAAAAAGCACAAACACUCAAACAGAGGGACAUGAGAUACAUGGUCACAGAACACCUUUAUCUGAACACAAAGAGGGGAAUGAAAAAAAGGAAGAAACAGAGGGACACGGGCCUGUAAUACAUGGUCACAGACCACCUUCACCUGAACACCAAGAGGGAACAAACACAAAGACUGAAACAGCUCACAGUAAUUAUGGAGAAAAUGUACAUCAGGCUCAUGGCCAUGAAGCAACACCAUCUGUACAUGGAGCAAAGGAGACUGGAAAAAAUGCAAAGAUGCAAGACGUGCAUAGGCAGGCAACUCAUGGACACAUUAAAGCAGAUGGUCACGGACACGAGGAACCUCCAGACAGGACAGCUGAAAUUAAAGUGUCCCAUAUGCCUGAGCAACAGCUUCAUGGAACUCAUGGCCACAAAGCUUCCUCUGAACAAGGCCACCACACAUCUGAGGAGCAUGCACAUGGGACUCAUAACCAUCAGACAUCAUCACAUCAUGGGUCUGAGGAGCACAUAGAAAGACAAGCUGAAAGGAAAGACCAGCACACAUCUGUGGACCGCACACAUGUAAUUCCAAGUCAAACAUCAUCCCAUCAUGUUGAGGAGAGAAAAGCUGUUUCAGUCUCCCACACAUCUGAUGGACAUGCUCAUGAAGCUCAUGGCCAUAAAGCUGCAACUUUGUCUGAGCAUGAAACAGAUGAGGGAGGGCAUAGUAACACCCAGAAGACAGUCUCCCAGAUGCAUGAGGGCCACGGACAAGGGCACAAAACAACAGCCUCACAUGGACAUGGGGAGGAGAGGCAUGGACACAAUAAAGUAGAAAGGACAGAUCCCCAUCAUUCUAGCGGACAUGUACAUGCUUCUCAUGGUCACGAAUCAGUAACCCCACAUGGACACGGAGAAGAGGGACAUAAAAACACAAACACUGAGAUGACAGAUCCUCAAGAGUCUGAGACCAAAGUACAUCAUGGUCACACAUCAACUACACCACAUGGACACGGAGAAACGGAGCAUACAGUCAGGAAGGUUGAAAACACAGAUGUGUCUCAUAAUCAAGUACAUCAUGGCCACGAAUCAACUACCUCACAUGGACAUGGAGGAAUGGAGCAUACAGUCAGGAAAGUUGAAAACACAGAUGCUCAUGUGUCUCAUAAUCAAGCACAUCAUGGUCAUACAUCAACUACCUCACAUGGACAUGGAGGAAUGGAGCACACAGUCAGGAAAGAUGAAAGCACAGACGCUCAUGUGUCUCAUAAUCAAGUACAUCAUGGUCAUACAUCAACUACCUCACAUGGACAUGGAGAAAUGGAGCACACAGUCAGGAAAGAUGAAAGCACAGACGCUCAUGUGUCUCAUAAUCAAGUACAUCAUGGUCAUACAUCAACUGCCUCACAUGGACACAGAGAAACGGAGCAUACAGUCAGGAAAGAUGAAAGCACAGAUGCUCAUGUGUCUCAUAAUCAAGUACAUCAUGGCCACGGACCAACUACCUCACAUGGACACGGAGAAACGGAGCACACAGUCAAAAAAGAUGAAAGCACAGAUGCUCAUGAUUCUCAAAAUAAUUUACAUCAUGGUCACAAAUCAACUACCUCACAUGGACACGGAGAGACAAAGCAUACAGUCAGAAAAGUUGAAAGCACAGAUGCUCAUAUGUCUCACUCUCAUCUACAUCAUGGUCACAAAUCUCCAUCUUCACAAGCGUACGGAAAUGCAGAACAUUCACACCAUAAAGCUGAAAGGACAGAUCCUGUGGAGUCUCAUGGACAUGCACAUGAAAAUCAUGGUCACAAUUCAGCAGCCUCACAUGGCCACGGAGAGGAGGGGCAUUCACACAGAAAAGUUGAAGUGAAAGAGCCUGGUAACUCCCAUGGACAUGAAAGUCAUGCUCACCGAUCAACAGCCUCACAUGGGCAUGGAGCAGAGGCGCACGCACCCAGAAAUACUGAAAGGACAGACCCUACCAGGUCUCAUGUACAUGGGAGUCAUGGGCACAGAUCAGAGCAUGGAGUGGAGAGGCAUACCCAAGUCCCAGCUCCUCAUAAGUCUGAAGAACAUGGCCACAAAUCAAUAACUUCAUCAGAACAUAACCUGAAAAGUGGAGUUAAUGGAGAAAGCAAGAGGACAGUCUCUCAUGUUUUUGAGGAACACACUCACAGCACUCAUGGACACCAGUCAGCCAUCUCAUUAGGGCACGGGGAGGAUGGGGGGGAUACCCACAGCCAUAGUAAGGCUGGAAAUGAAGAGCACAGUUUCUUUGAAAACCCUGAGAGAGGAAGAAGUGGUCAUGGAACCACAAGACACGGUGCCUGGAAAGAGGGUGACGAGGAAAAAGGAAAAGGGAAAAAGAAAGGACUUCUGAAACUUUUGAUCUCAGGAGAGCCCCAGGUCGAACAGUUACUGGGGAUCAUUUACGACAAUUUUAAAGACUGUGAGUGCUAUGGCCACUCCAACCGCUGCAGCUACAUCGACUACCUGAACAUCGUCACUUGUGUCAGCUGCAAGCACAACACCAGAGGCCAGAACUGCCAACACUGCAGACUGGGAUACUUCCGCAACGCCUCUGCCGAACUGGAUGAUGAGAACGUCUGUGUUGAGUGUAACUGCAACCAGCUAGGCUCCGUGCAUGACCGCUGUAACGGCACAGGCUUUUGCCAGUGUAAAGAUGGAGCCACGGGGGCCAAAUGUGACGACUGCCUGCCAGGAUACUACUGGAAACAAGGCUGUUACGCUAACGUUUGUGAUGAGGAGAUGCUCCUUUGCCAGAACGGGGGAACGUGCUACAUGAACCAGAAGUGCAUCUGCCCUCCAGAGUUUAAAGGGGUAUUGUGCCAACAGACCCGCUGCGAAGCGGGCAAGGACUGCAACCUUGCCACUUCGCCGCACCUCUCCACGGCCACCCUUCUGCUCUGCACUCUAAGCUACCUGCUGGCCACGUUAUCACACCACUGAGCCACGAAAAAGCCGCCCCCCCCCCCCCCCCCCUCCUGUCCACCUUUAAGACACUAGAAGAGUGCGCAUAUAAGUGUGUAUAAACACACUAAAAGGGGAACGGGGGGAGACGACAAAGAACAUGAGGGGAGAGCCUGUCGAGUCAUGGACCCCUGCAACAGCACUCCAACAAGCACACACUCUCACCAAACACUACCUAAGCCCCGGCAAGCUCACACCUAUACACCUCACAGGACUGUUAUGACACCGAGUGUGUUCUCAGGUGUGAGAAGGACAAGCAGAGAAAUAAACGCCUCAGAGAGAAGAGAUGCAGUCGAAGGGGAAGAAAAUCAUACCAACCACUGUUCCCUUUAUUUCUCAGCUGGAGCAAUGUGCAUCAAACCAAAAAGCAUAAAAGAAAACACUUAAAUCACCACUGUCUCACUUCAAAGGGAAUGGCUGUUAAAAAAAAAGAAAAGAAAGAAAACCACCAGGAUCUACUUUUUUUCUGUUUCCCUUCUUCUUGGUUGAGUUAAAGAUGUCUCAUCUGUUAGACUGACAGCUGACGUUUGUGUGAAGGUGUGCGCGUGUGUGUGGUCAGACCGGCGGAUCCAAAUGAGCUUGUUUAAUUCUGCUGCUACGGCCUACAUAGUAUAUUAUCCAAGUUUCAUUUCUCCCCAAGAAGAUGAGACUUGAUUUGACAUUUGUUCUUUUUCUGCUGCAUUUUUAUUUUGAGAUGUACCUUCAGCCCACUAGCAGUCGCUGAGAUUAUAUAUAUUAUAUCAUAUACGGGGGGAGGGGGUUAUGAAUAAAUAAAAAAAGACAAAGAGGAAAUUAGUCACUAUUAUGGUUGUUGUAGGAAUGAGUGAUUGUUGCCACGCUUAACGAGAUUUAAUCCUCACACUGUAUUCAGAAAGCAGAGUUUACCAACUUUCAACUAAUCAGAUGUCUAAAGAAGAGAAGGAAAGAUGUAAACCACGUAUCAAUUAUAUGACAUUAUUUGAAUAUUUUUUGUAGAAAUUAUUUUUGUUUGAAGUUACAAUAAAUUAUAAAAAAAAAAUAAAUUUACAACUAUUCCUUAUGUGCAUUUUAUUACACUGAUUGUAAAGCUUAAAGUAAAUAUGACUGUUAUUUGCCA